AUGCAACGGUUGGUUGAUCAAGGUACACAUAAAUUAAAUGCAAUUGUAUACAAUGAAUACAUAUGCAUAGCAAUUUGUCUGGGGAUGCAUAGCAACAGUUUGAUCCACACAAUGGUCUGCUUUGUGGUUAAUGCGUACUUCAUAGCGUUGCCAUUUGGCACGCUGCUUCUUUAUGCAAUUGCAAAUGAAACUACAAGGCAUGGAUACAUAGCAGGCGGGAUGUCAAAGAAUUACUUCAAGUACUUCUAUCUAUAUGGUGUGAUGUUGUCUGCUAUCUUACCUAUUCAGAACAUGUACAGAGUUCAUCUAUACAGACGACUAUUUGAGACUGUAGUGUUCAAGUAUUCGCCUAAGAGCAGAAUGAGACCUAUACAUUUUGUUCAUGGAAUGGCCUACUACACAUGUAUGUGCUUACAUAUGCAUGGGAAGGCAAUAGUGCACACAAAAGUGUUUAUGCUGCUGAAUAUCGCACACUUUGCAGCUCAUUACUGUGUUUUCAUCAGAAAGCAGUAUAUUUAUUCGCAUUAUGUGCUUGAGUUGAUGAUACAUAUGCAUCUAUGGAUGGAAAUAAGAAGCAUGCAGCUUUUUUUCAACUUGCUGUAUGCUGGUGUAUUUGUGGGAGUGUCGAUUGCCAACAGAGAAGCACUGAAGCAUAGAAAGCAUGCACUCGGUAAAGGGAAGGAGUGGCCGUAA